CAGAGGCAGCGAGGGAGAGGGGCAGACCCAGAGAGCAGAGCAGUCAGAAGCAGGUUCAUUAUAAACCUCACAUCCACAAGUCCAGCCUCAAGCUCACAAAUACAACUCAGCUUUCAAAAUGCCCAACUUUGCCGGAACCUGGAAAAUGAAGAGCAGUGAGAAUUUCGAUGAACUUCUUAAAGCUCUUGGUGUGAACGCCAUGCUGAGGAAGGUGGCAGGGGCAGCAGCUUCCAAACCCCAUGUGGAGAUCAGACAGAACGACAAACAAUUUUACAUUAAGACCUCCACCACCGUCCGAACCACCGAGAUCAACUUCCAGAUCGGGGUGGAGUUCGAGGAGGAGACCGUGGACGGCAGGAAGUGCAGGAGCCUGGCGACCUGGGAGACUGAGAAUAAGAUGUAUUGUAAGCAGACCCUUAUUGAUGGUGACGGUCCCAAAACGUACUGGACAAGAGAGCUGAGGGGGGACGAACUGAUCUUGACCUUCGGUGCGGACGAUGUGGUGUGCACACGGAUUUAUUUACGAGGGUGAAGACACUAGUGAAUUGUCGAAUGGGCAACGUUCAGGACUACAAGAAGCAAACUCUGUGGAGAGACCCCAAGCAGUUUGACCCCCCCCCCCCCCCACACACACACACACUUUGUUGUUUUGUGCAAUGGCAGUAUUUAAAGCCAUUAAGAGUAAUCAUUGGAACAUUCCCAAGCCCGCAAUGUUGAGUGAUAGCAGUUUUAAACACAAGCCUGGGUUCAUUGUGAUUUUUCUGUGCAAUGUGUUGUUUUUUUUUUGUAUGAUAGAACUGUGCGAUAUACUUCCACAUUACAAAAUUUAAAAAGGCUCUACUCUUUCUGAUGUCACUUCCUUUUA